CAGUGCGUAUUUACAAAUAUUUUACGGAUUGGAAAAGAUCAAUAGGACGCUGUAACUCCUGUAAAGUGCAAUCAAGGAAAAGUUUCCACGCUAGGCACUGAAUAGCUUUUUGUUUUGCAAAAUAUGAAUCGCAGUACGACGGUACUUCUUCGCGAUUUGAAUGAGGAAGAUAAAUCUCAAGAAAAUCAAGGUUUGCCUUUGUCGCUUCUCCGACAAUUUUCAACCAAGGAGAGAGGAGUUGCAAGGCGUCGCCAAACCAUGACGAGCAUCUUGCGAAGAAGCAUUUCAGAUUCAGUGGAAAGAAAUCUCUGUUACCGUGUUGGUUUGCAUCAGGCCUGUCGGGAUGGUCUCAUUGAUAUCGUUCGAGCAUUACAACAGAGAGGUGUACCUACCAUCAACACCUUAGACAAGGAUGGGUUGGCCCCAAUCCAUUACGCAGCCCGUUAUGACCACGAAGAGAUUGUGCAGCUACUAAUUGAGGGAGGUGCAGAUCUGGACAUAUUCUCUGGCUGUGAAAGCAAAUUUACUACACCUCUUCAAAUCGCAGCAAGAUUCAACAGUCCUGCCACAGCUCGGUUGCUGGUACUGAAUGGAGUAGAUGUAGCAAAGCAGUCAAGUUAUGGACAACAAGCUUUACACUAUGCUGCAAGAAGAGGAAACUUAAAAGUCGUUCAGGUUCUGCUCAGAGAAGGAAAAGCAGAGGUAAAUGCAAAGGACAAUGAGAAUUCCACCCCACUACAUGCUGCAUCUCAAGAGGGAAAGCUAGAUGUUGUCGAAAUUCUGCUGCAAUAUGGCGCUGACCCGAGUUUAAGUGAUAACGACGGAUACACUGCAGUGCAUUUAGCAGCUAAAGAUGGAUACGAUGAUGUGUUAGAAAAACUACUUUCCACAGCGAAAACCUGUGGUGUAUCAUGUCCAGCUAUUUUGAACAAAAUGGAUAAUGAUGCCAACUCAUGUCUGCAUCUGGCUGUCAGACAUGGCCAUAUUAAAUCGGCAGAGGUUUGUAUAAAAUACGGCGCUGAUACAUGCGCAGUGCAGGAUGAUUUGUCGUCUCCUCUUCAUGUUGCCUGUGUGAAUGGUUAUUAUGAGAUUGCAAAACUUCUCCUGUUGAACGGGGCCAACAUACACGAUGAAGAUGCAGAAGGAAUGACGCCCAUUUUGAGGGCGUCACUGACUGGAAAUGUAGAAAUUCUCGAUCUUCUUCUCUCAGAGGGAGCUGAUAUUUCAUCUGAAGAGAACACUUAUUCCCCCUCACCACUGAUGUGUGCAGUAAAGAGAGGCCAUCCCAAUGCAGUCAGAUUUCUUUUACAACGCGGAUCACCCAUUGACCUGAGAGACGUAAGUCACAGGACUUCUCUUCACGUUGCUGUUUUUAGCUCUGAUGCUGAGACACUGAAAGUAAUUCUUCAGGCCGGGGGAGAAUGUUUGUUAAACAGCAGGGACAAAAACGAUCAGACACCACUCCACUAUGCAGCGACUAAAGGAAGUUUACAGCUCAUUCAAGAGCUUCUCAAAACUGGGGCCAAAGUCGACGUCAAAGAUGAAGACGAAAGGAUUCCACUUCAUUAUGCUGUGGAAAAUGGUGAUCUUGAAUGUGUUCGGGUGUUGUUGGAAGCCUGCCCAGAGUCAAUUCACAUAACCGACUUUUGCCUCCAAAAUUGUUUGCAUUUUUCUGCUUGGCACGGUCAUCUUGCAGUCACAAAAUAUCUGUUGGAUCAAGGAGCUGCUGUCGACAGCAGAUGUGAUGAACGCCUGACUCCGCUAAUUCAGUCGGCAUUUUGCGGUUGUAAUUUGACAACUAGCCUGUUGUUGGAUCACGGAGCGAAGAUUGAUGCUACAGACAAGAACGGGUGCACCGCUUUGAUUGCUGCAGCAUCUCGAGGUAGGGUGAGUGUUCUGCGGCUGCUGUUGGACCGAGGAGCGGACAUUCGACUUGUAACAACUGACGGUAAAAACUGCCUGGAAACUGCAAUAGCUAACGGUCACCAAGAUGUCUGUAUGGAAAUUAUCAAGCAUGAGAGGUGGAAGGAAGCUUUUCCAGUGUGUGACAAAAGAAGCAAUUUCAUUCCAUUAAAAAGUCUCAUUGAAACGUUCCCUUCUGUGUCCAAGGUGGUUUUGGAUAAAUGCAUUCAGAGCUCCCAUCACCUACGAACAGAUGAGGAUUACUCGGUUACUUAUGACUUUAAAUACGUGAAUCCCCAUCCCUCCUUGCUUAGCGAUGGACGAGUCUUCUUUGCUCCAAAGACAAUGCUGGACUAUGGAAGAGAAGAAUUGAUUUUUCAUCCACUGAUCAUCGAGCUGAUGCGAUGUAAAUGGCAGCACAUGGGCGUCAGGUAUUUUUACAUCUCUGCCGUGAUUUACCUGUUUUACCUUGGAAACUUGACGCUUUACAUGUUGUGCAUUCAACAUCUUUAUUUGCUCAAUUCCGCCCGACCAGUUAUUCCAACCAGACAGAAUGUGUGUAUCUUUGCUCGCAUAGAGGUCUGGGAGAUUUUCAUUGCAGUUAUGACAGCUGUUUAUUUGCUGAUAGAAAUGCAUCAAGCAUUCUGGGAAACAUGGAACUACAUUGAAUUCAGCAACAUUGCUGAUAUUUGCACCUUCUCAACGGCACUCAUUUCCAUUUUUCCUGAGCCUCUGGGUUUGGAAUUUCCUGAUAAAUGUGUUUUCCUUGUUAUUUCUGUGCUGUUUGGAUAUCUCGCGCUUUUACUGUAUCUGCAAAGUGUAUUUGAAUCUGGAAUACACGUCACCAUGCUUUUUGUUGUGCUGAAGACAUUAGGCAAGGUGGCAGUGAUGUUCUCCAUAUUAAUCUUUGCUUUUGCUUUGGUAUUUCAAAUGCUUUUAUCAAAGGAAGCAAAUGCCAUAGCUCUCAACAUGACAAUGAAUGGAACUUUGUUGGGAGAUAUUGAUAAGGACCCAUUUCAGUCAUUACGUUUGUCUUUUGUGAAGGUGGUUGCCAUGACAAUCGGUGAAAUCGAAUACACCCGCUUUUUCAUUGACCAGCGGCUGUUUUCGCCGACCUUAAGCCAAGCAGUAUUCUUGGUAUUUUGUGUCAUGAUGCCGAUUGUACUAAUGAAUUUGACGAUUGGUCUCGCUGUUGGUGAUAUCGAUUCCAUUCAGCAAAAUGCCGAAUUUAAACGUUUAUCUAUAAAGAUCGAAGUUAUCCACGAGUUCCACGAAAAAUCGCCCCUGUGGCUUCUUCAUCGUUUACAUCAGCCAAAGUCGGUUAAACAGCCGAACAGGAAGGCAAAAACUAUACUGCAAAAAAUAAAGGGCUUAGGGAACAGACUGGUCAGCGGAAAAAAAGCAAAAUACACGGUAGAGGACGCGGAAAGAAAUUUGGCUGAUCAUCUGACAAAGAUUUUGACAUCAAGAAUGAAGGAACAAGAUGAUAGAAUCAGUGGUAUAACCCUGGAAAUGAAGGAACAACGAAAACUGCUCGAGUCACUGCUCCAAAGGAUGCCCGGGACUGAAGCACGAAGAACUUUGAGCGACGAUUAAAAAAAGGGAAAAAACAUGAUCAUAGAACAGUCAGACAACAAGGAAAAAUAAGGGUUGAACACUGACAACCGUGGGUCUUUGCUCAUGGUGUGAGAGCCUAGCUAUGCUAUGAAAGUUAAAAGUUUCGUCAACCUUCGGCAAAAAACAUCAUAGUAGCCAGUCGUAGUUUUGCCUCUAGGAGCCAGGAAUUUACUGGUUGAUUUUAAUGUUACAGAUGGUCCCAGGAAAGCAUGGAUUUUCGCUUUUCUGACAGGGUCUCUUUCAGUGACUAAAACUAAACUGAUUUAUGGAUUGAUUAAAGGAAAAUUACUAUUACAUGUUACUGGAGUAUAGGUCGUAAAAAGGA